AGCUGGGUGUAGUCGAGGGGCGGCGCUGUCUCUUCCUCUCCACGCGGUUGAGGAGACCGGUCGGCCUGAGGAGCUUGUGCUGAAUAAUGCCGGGAAAACUCCGUAGUGACGCCGGUUUGGAAUCAUACACAACCGUGAAAAAAGUAGAAAUGCUGCGAAAACAAGCCGAGAAGAAAGAUAGAAGAGAGAAGACAAAAUCGAAUAAUACUGAAGAGGCAGCAGAAGAGGAAGAAACUAUUCCCUCCACAGCUAAACGAGUUAAAAAGAAAGCAGGUCCUUCUGAGGUUGACAUGAACUCUCCUAAAUCCAAAAAGGCAAAAAAGAAAGAGGAGCCAACUCAGGAUGACAUUGUUUCUGCUAAAACCAAAAGUGUGAAAAAGAAAAAGGAGCCCUUGGAAAAGAAAGUUGUUUCUCCUGAAACCAAAAAUAUAAUCAGUGAGGAGCCUUCUGAAGAAGAAAUAGGUGCUUCUAAGCCCAAGAGGAUGAAGAAAGAAAAAGAAGUGAAUGGAGAAAUAGAAGAGAAGAGCCCAGAACUGAAGAAUGGAUUCUCUCAUUCUGAACCUGACUCUAACUCUAAUGAAGCUACCAGUGAAGAAAGUAACAGUGAGAUAGAACAGGAAAUACCUGUGGAACAGAAAGAAGGAGCUUUCUCUAAUUUUCCCAUAUCUGAAGAGACUAUUAAGCUUCUCAAAGGCCGAGGGGUGACUUUCCUGUUUCCCAUACAAGCAAAGACUUUCCAUCAUGUCUACAGUGGGAAGGACUUAGUUGCACAGGCACGGACAGGAACUGGGAAGACAUUCUCCUUUGCCAUCCCUUUGAUUGAGAAGCUUCAGGGAGAACUGCAAGACAGGAAAAGAGGUCGUUCCCCUAAGGUACUAGUUCUUGCACCUACAAGAGAGUUGGCAAAUCAAGUAAGCAAAGACUUUAGUGACAUCACAAAAAAGUUGGCAGUGGCCUGUUUUUAUGGUGGGACACCCUAUGGAGGUCAAAUUGAACGCAUGCGGAAUGGGAUUGAUAUCCUGGUUGGGACACCAGGUCGUAUCAAAGAUCACAUGCAGAAUGGCAAGCUAGAUCUCACCAAACUUAAGCAUGUUGUCCUGGACGAAGUUGAUCAGAUGUUGGAUAUGGGUUUUGCUGAUCAAGUGGAAGAGAUUUUAAGUGUUGCAUAUAAAAAAGAUUCUGAAGACAAUCCCCAAACGUUGCUUUUUUCUGCAACUUGCCCUCAGUGGGUAUUUAAUGUUGCUAAGAAAUACAUGAAAUCUACAUAUGAACAGGUGGACCUGAUUGGUAAAAAGACACAGAAAACGGCAAUAACUGUGGAGCAUCUGGCUAUCAAGUGCCACUGGACUCAGAGGGCAGCAGUGAUUGGGGAUGUGAUCCGAGUAUAUAGUGGUCAUCAAGGACGCACUAUCGUCUUCUGUGAAACCAAGAAAGAAGCCCAGGAGCUGUCACAGAAUUCAGCUAUAAAGCAGGAUGCGCAGUCAUUACAUGGAGACAUUCCACAGAAGCAAAGGGAAAUCACCCUGAAAGGUUUCAGAAAUGGUGCUUUUGGAGUUUUGGUGGCAACCAAUGUUGCUGCGCGUGGGUUAGACAUCCCUGAGGUUGAUUUGGUUGUACAAAGCUGUCCACCAAAGGAUGUAGAGUCCUACAUUCAUCGUUCUGGGCGGACAGGUAGAGCUGGAAGGACAGGGGUUUGCAUCUGCUUUUAUCAGCACAAGGAAGAAUAUCAAUUAGUACAAGUGGAACAAAAAGCGGUAAAACUAUUUUUCUUAGUUUUUAUUCAGCAAAUGUUGAGUUCUUUAUUCAAAAUAUACUCUCAAUCAAACUGUAGGCUUUUGGAUUCUGUGCCACCCACUGCCAUUAGUCACUUCAAGGAGUCGGCAGAGAAGCUGAUAGAGGAGAAGGGAGCUGUGGAAGCCCUGGCGGCAGCAUUGGCCCAUAUUUCCGGUGCCACGUCGGUAGACCAACGCUCCUUGAUCAACUCAGAUGUGGGUUUUGUGACCAUGAUCUUGCGAUGCUCAAUUGAAAUGCCAAACAUUAGUUAUGCUUGGAAAGAACUUAAAGAGCAACUGGGCGAGGAUGUAGAUUCCAAAGUGAAGGGAAUGGUCUUUCUCAAAGGAAAGCUGGGUGUUUGCUUUGAUGUACCUACCGCAUCAGUAACAGAAAUACAGGAGAAAUGGCAUGAUUCACGACGCUGGCAGCUCUCUGUGGCCACGGAGCAACCAGAGCUGGAAGGACCACGGGAAGGAUAUCGAGCCUUCAGGGGUCAGCGGGAAGGCAAUCGAGGCUUCAGGGGACAGCGGGAAGGAAACAGAAGCUUCAGGGGACAGCGGGACAGAAAUCGAGGUUUCAGGGGACAGCGGUCAGGAGGUGGCAACAGAAGUAACAGAUCCCAAAACAAAGGCCAGAAGCGGAGUUUUAGUAAAGCAUUUGGUAAAUAAUGAGAAGUAGAGGAUUUUUAUAGCAAAAAGAAAAUUGUUUGGCAACAUAGAACUGCACAUUAUUUUUCAUACAAAGUUACAAGCAUAUUUUGCUUCCUUUUGACCACUUGCCCAGUCCCAUCUCUUUUGGACAGACAAGCUUCAUCUAAAUUAUUUCAUCUGAUCAAUAUUGUUUUUAACUUUAUUUCUACUUCAUUAUCAGGUUUUCCUUUUGCAAAGGUGUUGGAAAUUCAUUUCACUUUUAUUCUAAUGCAUUGUCUAUAGGUUACAAGAUAAAAAUCAAGCAUGUAUCUGACUAUACUUUGUAAGUUGACCUGUUUUUAUACUUAAAAGUGUCUCUUACUAGUGUCCUUCCUUAAAUACUUAAUGGAAUAUAACAGUCUCUGGAGGACCACUUUGAGCCUUUGGAAGUCAAAGUUCUGUAAUUGGCAUCCCUCAGCCGCCAGUUCCUCAUGUGGUUCUAUAACAUGUCUUCUGAGACUUAAUACUGAGCAAUGAUUUGAAACAAGAUUUCAGGUUUAGCCGGGUUGUAAUACAGUUUAUGCCAUUGUAUGCUCUAGAUUUGGAGGAUUUAGUACAUUUGAUAUAAAUUACCCAAAGUUACAUGCAUUUUGGUACAUUUUUAGCUGCUUCUUAUAAGGUGAUUCAUGCUUCCAUGAAUUCUUCACAGAUCGUGUAUGUAGAAGUACAUUUUAAUAGAAAGCCACUGUCUUUAAGGAAUUCCAAAUGUGUAAGAUGGCUCCAUGGCUUUCUUUGUAAAUAAGAAGGCUGGAUAAAUGGUGCUUAAAUGACAAUGUACUCCACUUCUUCCUAUUGGAAGAUUAACUUUAUUUACUAAGAAGGAAUUAAGGGAGGAGGGUUCAGAGAUGAGCAUUGCUGAAAAGUAUGU